AUGAAUCAGGAUAAUGAAUCGAUUGAAGAGUCAGAGAGUGAAGGAGAAUGCAUUGAUUCGACGCCAAUACCCGCUUGCUCGCUGAGGGAAAUGGGCUUCCAAGAGGGAACUGAGGACUUUAUCCAGCAUUUGUGUUCCGAAAAUGAGUACAAGGCGCACAUCAUACAUCAGAUGAAUCGCCUGAUUACCCACCAGCAGAACACGGACGUCGAUGUCUAUGUCCGCGGACACAAAAUCCUCUGCCAUCUCAUCGUGCUUAAGACCUGUACGGAAUUUGCUAAAGACUUGCACUUCCCGACUGGCGUAAUUAUAGCGCAUAAGGAUGUCACUUAUACGGGAUUCAAGCUCGCCUACGAAUGGAUGAUCAACGAGAACUAUAAACUGCAGCGCAAAGAUAUUGUUGAGCUCUACUUGGCCGCGGAGUACCUGAAGAUGCCGCAGCUGCUGGAUCAUCUGUGGAGUCUCUUUCACGAGGAGAAAUUCGUCACCGAUGCCAUCGCCUUUCAGAUUUAUCUGGAGUGUCUGCCCCACAGGAAGAGCAAGCUGCAGAACCUGAUGCUGGGCCGCGUGCAGCGCUUCUUCCUCAUGGCUGUCGCCACGGAGGAGUACCUCCGGCUGGACCACGCAGAUGUCUCCGAAAUACUGGACCACAGCAAUAUGUGUGUCAACUCUGAGCUGGAGAUCUACUACAGUGCGGUGCGCUGGCUGCAUCACGAUUGGCCAGAGCGCAAGCAGCAUGCCCCUAGCAUCAUGGCCGUAGUCCGCUUUCACCUGAUGACCAAUCAGUGCAUUAGCUCGAUUAGAGCGGAGCUGCAGGAGCUGCACAGCAUUCCCGCAGUUCAGACCCUGAUCGAUGAGGCACUCUAUGCAGGAAACACGCAGCAGAAGCCGACUAGGCGUGAAUGGGUCUACAAUAUGAGGAUCCCCCAUCAUCACAACUGCGCCUGUCCACAGUGGCGUUGCCUCGACCUGACGACCUUCGACAAGUAUCUGGAGCUAAUCAUCGUGACUGGACCCAGCUAUUCCAAGUCUCUAAAGUACUUGACUAGCGGCUGGACGAUGCCCUGCUGUCAAAGUGCACUGCUGUUGAGAAAAUAA